UGAUAAAUUUACUUCAUAUUCAUAUAGGUAUACAUCCCCUCCGAAUUAUCGAAAGAAACCAUGAUAGGAAUUUUGAUGGAUUUCGACCGAUAUACUCACAAGAAUACUAUGUUAAUGAAGUUUCUCAGGAUAUCGCACCUUCCAUGGAAUGGCUUGAGAUUGUGAAGAAGGAUAAAAAAGAUGAGGAAUAUAUUUUCCAGGUUUUUGUGACCAACGAGAUUAGGAAGAGGAUAAAUGGGGUGAAAUUGAUGUUGAGGUCCAUGGAAGAUGGAGAGAUAAGCAUAUCAGCUUAUGACACAGCUUGGGUUGCUCUUGUUAAAAAUGUUGAUGAUGAAAAUAAACCACAAUUUCCAUCUUCUCUUCAAUGGAUUGCUAAUAAUCAGCUUCCUGAUGGUUCUUGGGGAGAUGAAUUAUUUGUGGCCCAUGAUCGCAUUCUCAACACUUUGGCUUGUGUUAUUGCCUUGACAACAUGGAAUAUGCACCCCCACAUGUGUGAAAAAGGAAUGCAAUUUUUUGUGGAAAAUCUAAAGAAGCUUCAGGAUGAGAAUGCUGAGCACAUGCCAAUCGGGUUUGAAGUUGCUUUCCCAUCUCUUCUCAAUAUAGCUCGAAGUUUGAAUAUUGAAGUGCCAGAUGAUUCUCCUAUCUUGAAAGAAAUAUUUUCAAUGAGAGACCAAAAGCUCAAAAAAAUACCAAGAGAGGUGUUGCACAAGGUGCCCACAACAUUGCUUCAUAGUUUAGAGGGAAUGCAAAAUUUGGAUUGGAAGCAACUUCUAAAGCUGCAAUCCCAAGAUGGUUCAUUCUUGUUCUCUCCAUCCUCCACAGCUUUUGCUCUUAUGAAUACCAAAGAUGAAAAUGCUCUCAACUACCUCCACAAAAUAGUCAACAAAUUCAAUGGAGGAGUUCCGAAUGUCUUCCCAGUGGAUUUGUUUGAACACAUGUGGGCUGUCGAUAGGCUAGAGCGCCUUGGAAUUUCUAGAUAUUUUCAGCAAGAGAUCAAGGACUCUGUCAAUUAUGUAUUAAGAUAUUGGACCGACAAGGGUAUUUGUUGGGCAAGGAAUUCAGAGGUUCAAGAUAUUGAUGACACUGCAAUGGGAUUUAGACUCCUAAGGUUGCAUGGCCACCAAGUUUCACCUGAUGUGUUCAAGCAUUUUGAGAAAAGUGGUGAGUUUGUGUGCUUUCCUGGGCAGCUAAACCAAGCUGUGACAGGCAUGUUCAAUUUGUAUAGAGCUUCUCAAGUGCUAUUUCAUGGAGAAAAUAUUCUUGAGAAUGCUAAGGAUUUCUCAGCCAAAUUUUUAGCUGAGAAACGUGCUUCUAAUCAACUCUUAGAUAAAUGGAUCAUAACCAAAGAUUUACCUGGCGAGGUGGGGUAUGCUUUGGAUGUGCCCUGGUAUGCAAGCUUACCACGAUUGGAGACAAGAUUUUACCUUGAACAAUAUGGUGGUGAAAAUGAUGUUUGGAUUGGCAAGACCCUUUAUAGGAUGCCUUAUGUGAACAAUGAUGUUUAUCUUGAGCUUGCAAAAUUGGAUUACAACAACUGUCAAGCAGUGCUUUAUAAAGAAUGGGAAGAAGAAAUCCAAAGGUGGUUAAACAAGAACAAGAGAGAGGAGAAACUCCUGGAAAUUUUACUGACAACCCUUGAUCACCUUGGCUACCAAAUGUUUAGGCGUCAUUACCAAGAAAAUUCUCAUUAUUUGAAUCAAAUGUGGCAAAGUUGGUUUUCAAGCUGGAAGAAUGAAGGAAACAGAUCCCAAAGAGAAGCAGAGCUACUUGUGCAAACCAUAAAUUUAACCACUGGCUAUUGGUCAGAAGAACUACAGCUCAAUCCUCAGUACCAGAAAUUGCUUGAAGUCACUAACAGAGUCUGUCUUAGCCUCAGAAAUUACCAAAAUAACAAGGUUCAUAGUAGCAUCAAAACCCCAAAAAUAGAGUCAGAAAUGCAAGAACUUGUGCAAUUGGUACUUCAGAACUCUCCAAAUGGCUUACAGUCAAAUAUCAAGAAUUCAUUCCUAAUAGUGGCUAAGAGUUUUUACUAUGCAGCAUACUGUGACCAAGAGACCAUUCACUCUCAUAUUGAUAAAGUUCUCUUUCAAAAAGUGAUCUGAAACAAUUAGUGACUAGUAAUAGUAUUUCAAAACUAGUGUCACAGGUCACAUUACUUGAUUAUAUUUUUUCCCCUUCCUUCUAGUCUUAUUGGGAUUUUAACUUUAAAUGACCAAGAUGGAAUUUCUAAUGUUUGGAUUUCAAAUAAACUGACAUUAAAGGGGAUUUUACUCAUAAAUUUUCA